AUGGCUGAGCUGAAGAGGGCAGUGACAUCCUACAGAAGAACAGGCUCUUCAGGAUUGGUAUGGAAUAGCAAGUCUGUGUCUGAGAUUAGAGACCCUAAUCAGACAAGUGCUAACCAAGGAGACGAUGAACAUCGGAUAGUGGAAACCAGAAGUCUAAGGCAGUCCAAAAGUGUAGGAGCCACGGCGGAUUUGGUCGGCCGGAGCCAAUCCACCGGAACAAUGAUAUACCGGAAGGUCAAGGUUGUGCCACCGUCCAAGGAUCCUCCUUCUCCUAAGCUAUCAACCUGUGGACUCUUUUGUUUCCCAGUUGUCACUACCCAGCAUUUUUAUUCCAAGUCUAAAAAACGUAGGUGA